AGCCAAAACCUGCAUUUAUAAACCAGGAAAAGCUCCAGAGGGAGGUGAAUGCUGUCCUGACAGAAAGUGCCACCCUCAGCUGUGAGGUAGCACAGGAUGCAACCGAAGUGAAAUGGUACAAGGAGGGAAGACUGCUCGUUUCUUCUAGAAAAUUUAAAAUAGAAACUGUGGGCAAAACCCGGCGCCUGGUUAUAGAGCAGCUGGAGAAGAAAGAUGCUGGAGAAUACAUCUGUGAGGCUGCAGGCCAGAAGAUGACCUUCAAGCUGGAACCAACUGAACCAGAGGCUAAAUUUGAAAAGAAAGUUGUCCAGAAAGAGCCUCUCAUUGUUCAAGAACAUGAAAGCAUCACACUGACUACUUCAGUAACGCCUGAAACUGCUGCCGUAAAGUGGUUCAAGGAUGGAACAGAAAUCAAGGCGAGCAAGAAAUACGAGAUCAAGAGUGAGGGGGCGUCCAGGACCCUGACGGUCAACCUGGCUGAGAGCACAGACACUGCCGUGUACACUUGCCAGACAAAGAGCGACAAGCAGGAAUUCAAAGUACAGGUGAAAGAAAUCCCAGUGAAGUUUGCCAAAAAACUUGAAGCUGUUAAUGCUGAGAUUGGAGGUAGCGUCUCCUUGACCUGUGACGUGAGCCACGCCAAAGGGAAGGUGGUGUGGCGCAGGAACGGAGUCCAGAUCAAGCCCGGCAAGCGUUUCCAGAUUCAUGAGGAGGGGGUCAAGCGAACACUGACAAUAACAGGGAUCCGGGCUGAGGACGAGGGAGAAUACUCCUGUGAGUCCAGAGAUGACAAGAGCAGUAUUACCAUCACCCCCAAAGCUCCCAGAGUGGUGAAAUUCGUUACGAGUCUCAACAGCGUGGUCUCUGAGGACGGGAAAGAGGCUGUGUUCAAGUGCACCGUCUCUCCCAGUGAUGCCGUGGUCACUUGGCUCAGGAAUGGUGUCAAGAUUGAAGCCAGCAAGAAGUAUGUGAUCUCGCAGAAGGACACCAACCACAGCCUCACCAUCACUGAUCUGACGCUGGAAGAUGCAGCUGAAAUCUGCGCCAAUGCUGAGGGUGUAGAAAGCACAGCCAAUCUCAGAGUCCGAGAGGCCUCAAUCUCAUUCAAGAAGAAACUGGAGACCAGAACAGUUGAAGAGAGGGACACAGUGACCUUGGAGGUAGAGCUGACCAAGCCUGCAGAGGUGAAGUGGAUGAGAAACAGCAUCGUAUUGAAGCCCAGUGAAAAAAUAGAGAUCAAAGCUGAGGGAACAAAGCAUACCUUGGUGGUUAAGGACAUCUCCUUUGCAGACAGGGGCUUCUACUGCUGUGAGAGUCCAGAUGACAAGACCCAAGCCAAGAUCAAUGUGGAAAUGAGGCAGAUCAAGCUGGUGAAAGGUCUUCAGGCCCUCGAAGUCUCUGAGAAAGGGACCGUCACCUUCGAGGUGGAGGUGUCGCAUGAGGACGUGGAAGGGACCUGGCAGAAGGAUGGCGUUCGGCUGAAGCCUUCACCGAAUAUCAGUAUUGGUGUCCUGGGGAAGAAACGUUCACUGACUCUUUCUUCAGUGACUCUUGAAGAUGCAGGACUCAUCUCCUUCAAAGCAGAUGGCAUUCAUUCAUCGGGGAGGCUCACUGUGACAGAAUUGCCUGUGAGAAUCAGCAAACCUUUGGCAGACGUCAAUGUGACUCAGAAGGACAAGGUCACAUUCGAGUGUGAGCUGUCCAGGCCCAACGUGGAUGUUAAGUGGUUCAAGGAUGGGAAGGAGCUCCAGCAAAGUAAAAAAGUGGGGAUUAUUUCCCAGGGAAAUAAGAGAAGCCUCAUUAUUCACAAGUGUGAAUAUGAAGACCAGGGAACCUAUACGUGUGAAGCAGCUGAAGACAAGACAUCAGCUACCCUAAAGGUUCAUGCCCGAGAUAUCAAGAUUGUUAAACCGCUGGAAGAUGUGGAAGUGAAUGAAUAUGAGAGCGCAUCUUUCGUCUGUGAGAUUUCACAUGAUGAGGUCCAAACCCAAUGGUACAAAAAUGACAACAAGCUGAAGGCUGCCGACAAUAUUAGAAUGCGUCAAGAUGGAAAAACCUAUUCGCUGACUUACACGCGCGUCCAAGUUGAAGAUGCAGCAGAGAUCAAAUUUGUAGCGGAAAAGGCAGAAUCUCGUGCUCAGCUUACUGUAAAAGAGCUGCCUGUAAAAAUUGUGAAGCCUUUGCGAGAUAAGAUUGCCCUUGAAAAACAUCGGGGAUUCCUGGAGUGCCAGGUGUCUCGUGCCAAUGCCAAAGUUAAAUGGUAUAAAAAGGACAUUGAAAUUCACCCUAGUGACAAAUACGAAAUUGUGAGCGAUGGUGUCUAUCGGAAACUCGUCAUCAACGAUGCAGAUUAUGAAGAUGAGGACACGUACACUUGUGAUGCCUUUGAUGACAAAAGCAGCGCUAAUUUCUUUGUUGAAGAGCAAUCCAUUAAUAUUGUAAAGGAGUUGUGUGAUGAGGAUGUGACUGAGCCUGAAGAAGCCAAGUUUGAAUGCGAGAUAUCCAUUCCAUCCGUGAAACCCCCCAAAUGGUCUCUACGCGGAGAAGUCUUACAGGCUGGCAGAAACAUUAUCAUGCAGCAAGAAGACACCAUCCAUCGGCUGACGAUACUGAAAACCAGUGCUGAUAUGACAGGCACCAUUCAGUUCUCCAUUGGCAAAUCAAAAUCCACAGCAAACCUGCUUGUCAGAGAUUACCACGUACAGAUCACCAGGAAGAUGGAGGACAAGACAGCUCUGGAGCGCCAUUCGGUCAUCCUGUCCUGCGACUUCAGGCCUUCUCCAAAGGUUGUGAAGUGGUUCAAGGGUCACACACCCAUCGAGCCCUCCGAGAAGUACAAAAUCAAGCAGGAGCAGCAUUCGGCAGAGCUCAAGAUUUUGAAGGUGAAACCCGAAGAUGCUGGCGUGUACAAGUGCAGGGCUGGAAACGCCGAGACCGAAGCCACGCUGACCGUUGAAGCCCGUGAUGUAGAAGUACUCAAACACCUGCAGGACGUGGAAAUUGAAGAAGAGAGUUCUGCUGUCUUCUCCUGCGAGCUGUCCCACGACGACGAGGAUGUGGAAUGGUUCCUCAACGGCACCCUCCUUUACACCAACAAUUUCAAUGACAUCAGGAACGUUGGCAAUUGCUACAUGCUGACGAUGAAGCAGGUUAAGCCUGAGGAUGCUGGCACAGUGACAAUGAAGUCAGACAAGGUGUCAGAGACCGUGCGUCUGAAGGUGAUAG